GCCGCUGGCGUCCGUGCGUCCAGCGGGCCGAGCACAGGUCAUGGAGCCGCGCGCGGGGGGCGCCACAGACCCUAGGGGGAGCGGAGGAGCAGGCAGUGCGCCGGCCUGGGAAGUGGAGCAAGAUGGCGGACGCCAAAGAUGGUGUUUUGCGGCCGGCGGGAUCCUCCACCGCCCCAGUUUCAUUCAGCUUCAGUCGGACGUCCAACCGGAAACGCUUGGCAGGAGACGCGGCUCCGGAGGAGAAGGAUUUCUUGAAGACCGUUGAAGGGAGGGAGCUGCAGAGUGUGAAGCCUUCAGAAGCCCCCACGGAGCUUGUCAUCCCUUUGAUCAAGAAUGGCCACCGCAGGCAGCCAACCACCCAGGCCCCUGGGCCAUCCACACUUCCUGAGGUCUUGGCAGAUGGGAUGCUGUCCCAGGCUGUGAAGGAGAUCAUCGAGGAAUCCAAGAAGUCCCUGGAGGAGAGAGAGAAUGCGGGUGUCGACCCCACGCUCGCUAUCCCCAUGAUCCAGAAAGGAUGCACCCCAGCGCAUCCUGGGCAAGGGGCAGACAGCGAACCCCGGGCUGAGACAGUGCCGGAGGAGGCUGAUUACGAGGCAGUCCCUGUGGAGGCCUAUGGGCUGGCCAUGCUGCGGGGCAUGGGCUGGAAACCCGGCGAGGGCAUUGGCCGCACCUUCAAUCAAGUGGUGAAGCCCCGUGUCAACUCACUGAGGCCCAAGGGGUUAGGGCUGGGUGCCAACCUGACUGAGGUCCAGGCCCUGGCCCCCUCCAGCCCCCACCGCCUGCCAAGGCCAGAUGAGGAACGAGAGAAAGAUAAGGAAGACCAGCCUCGAGGACUGGUGCCUGGAGGAGCUGUGGUGGUUCUUUCUGGCCCUCAUCGAGGCCUUUAUGGAAAGAUAGAAGGCCUUGAUCCUGACAAUGUUCGGGCCAUGGUCCGCCUGGCCGUGGGGAGCCGCAUGGUGACUGUUAGUGAGUACUGCCUGCGGCCUGUCUCCCAGCAGGAGUUUGACAAGAACUCCUUGGAUCUCGGCCAGGUGAGCCAAACUUCCCCGGAGCGGCAGAAUGGAACAGCCUCCUCCUGGAAGGCCCUGCGGGAUCAGGACCUCCACGUCCGGCGGGAGGACUCAGAGAGGAAGCGGAAACACCUUCCAGACCGACCAGAUGGGCCUGUGGCCAAGAGUGAGAAAGCAGCCCCCAGGAGCCAGCACUGGCUGCACAGGGACCUGCGCGUGCGGUUUGUGGACAAGCAGCACAAGGGUGGCCAGUAUUACAAUACCAAGAUGACAGUUGAAGAUGUCCUGAGCCCAGAUACCUGUGUGUGUCGGACAGAUGAGGGCCAGGUCCUAGAAGGCCUGAGGGAAGACAUGCUGGAGACCCUGGUCCCCAAGGUCGAGGGCCACCGGGUGAUGGUGGUGCUGGGGCCACGGGCUGGAAGGGUGGGCCGUCUGCUGGAACGGGACAGAGAGCGGAGCCGGGCGCUGGUGCAGCUGCGGAGAGAAAAUCAGGUGGUGGAGCUUCACUAUGAUGCCAUCUGCCAGUAUGUGGGCCCCAGCGACUCGGAUGAAGACUGACCUGUGGACACACUCCCAUCUGCUGGCCCUUACCAACCCCGUACAGUGUGAAAGCCAGCUUUCGCGAAGGUGGGGAGGUCAUGAUUCAGCCCUCCACUUGCAGUGCAGCCCUGGGGCAGGGACAGGGCACAGCUGGAUGGACCAGAAGGGAGGCUAGAAACAAACCCAGUGUUUACCAUAAGUUAGUAUGUAUAUAAUAAAAAAACAACUCAAAGACUUGGUAAAAUGAA